UGGAAAAAGAUGCUGAUUCACAUGAUCCUCCAAUUUAUAAAUAUUAUAUCAUAUAUAAACAUGAUAAUGUUUUUAUACGUUUUAUUAAUAAACCAAAAUUUAAUGAAAAAACAAUAUAUGUGGAUGCAGAUUUAAAUACUUCAAUUCCAAAUUUUUAUUUAAUACCUUCAGAAUCAUUUCCAUCAUCUUUUGGAAAACAUCAUUGUGAACGAU